AUGGCCGACCUCCCCGAACUACAGCGUCGUCUGCUCGGGCGGAGUCGGCUCUUAAGCUUUGAGCCGUACGCCGACGCACCCAUGCGGGUGCGAGACCGGCCAUCGUCAGCGCAAGACAGCGGCCGCGGCGACGAUGGUGAAAAAGCCUGCGCCGCGGGGGCACUCGUAUCGAGACCGCGUGGAAAAACCUCCGCUAGUGGAAGCCCCGACCACGACCCUCCUGAACCCGAUCGUCUCGGAAAUACGCGCUGGUGUACCUGCGGACAGUGCGUGCCGAUGCCCACCACUCUUGAGAGCAUCUGCUGCCGCGAAAUCCAGGCAGCGAUUCGAAGGCAGCCGUCUGGGUGCAUUACAGAGCACCCGUAUUUUCACACAGCGCUCGGCGUACUCCUUCAAAUGUUUGAAGACCAUGGGCCGCUAGUAGAGGAAACAGGGCAGUACCGCUACAUUGGCUACAGACAGCUUUCACACUGGCUUUGGGGAUGCCUGGGCAGAUAUCAUCGGAAGGUCCUCCCAGCAUGUGCUGUACACCAAAUAAGAGAGAGAUUUCCAUCUGAGACUUUUACUGGUUUCCAGUAUGCACACAAUAAUUAA